AUUUCUCAUCCUAGAUCCAAAUAACAAAGUGGUGACCUACACUAUGACCCCAACAAUGGUAGUUUUGUUAGUUAUUUUCCUCCUCCACAACCAUGUAGCCUUGGCCUCUGACCCCGAUCCAGUACAAGAUUUUUGCAUACCCAACACUGAAUUUUCACCCACCACAUGCAAAAACUCAUCAUCAGCCACUGUGGAAGACUUCGUGUUCACUGGCAUAAAAAACCCGGGAAAAGUAGGCAAGUCCGGGUUUUUAGCCAUGCCGGUGACCUCAACAGUCUUCCCAGGGCUAAACACACUAGGCAUGUCAUUUGUACGCGCUGAUUUCGGUGUUGGCGGUGUCAAUGUGCCCCAUUUCCAUCCGAGGGCGACAGAGACUGCAUUCGUGCUAGAAGGGAAGGUUUAUUCGGGAUUUGUUGAUUCAACCAACCGGGUUUUUGCUAAGGUGAUUGAGAAAGGAGAUUUAAUGGUGUUUCCAAGAGGUCUAGUCCAUUUUCAAAUGAAUGUUGGAGAUUCAACUGCUACUAUUUUCGGAAGUUUUAAUAGCCAAAAUCCGGGAUUGGUGAGAAUCCCAAAUGCGGUUUUUGGAUCGGAGAUCGAAGAAAAGCUUUUGGAGAAGGCCUUUGGAUUGAGUUCUAAGGAGAUUGGAAAGAUGAGGAAGAGGUUUUUGGUCCCCAAGAGUUGAGGUAGAGAAUACAGAUUUGAGGGCAUUUUUGUCAUUUUAAAUCCUUUGAUAAGUAAUCUUUAUUAAAAAAAGAAGAAAAAUUUUUUGUUGGAUUAUAUUGGGUUGAAUGAUAAAGGCUUCAGUAUCAAUUUUGUGGCUUGGCUAGAGUUAAUUUUCUUGAGAGAACUCCUGUUUUUGUUUUCAGUUCUAAUUAUCUUAGUUUCACAAAUGAAAACAAUGUUUUGGAGGAAAA